AUGGCAGACCCAGUUAGCAUAGCGACCGGUGUUCUGACAGUUGGGGGCUUUGCUCUCAAGUCCAGUAUAGCACUUCACGGGAUCAUCCGUGGCUUGCAAAGCCAGAACAGGGACGCCCGAGCGCUCAAAGCAGAGGUGAGCGAUUUGACGGGGGUCUUAAGCUCACUCCUGGAGACCAUCGCCAACAACCCAAGCCUCGACUUCCAACCCCUCGAACGGCCACUUCAACGCUGCGGCAAUGCGUGCGAAGAGUACGGCAAAAUCAUAUCCCAAUGCACGAAACAUUCCAGCAACACAUCGCGUUCGAGCAUGCGUGACUGGAUAACGCAAAAAUAUCUUCAGGGAGACAUCAACGACUUCAGGGCUAUGUUAGCCGCACACAAGUCCACUAUCAACAUUGCUCUGGCAAACGCAAACCUACGCAUCGCUGUUAUAUCGCCCGAGGUCCUGGAGAAUUAUAGGGACAUGAUUUCCGACACCACAAGCGACCUAAGCGCCCAUUUAGAAGACCUGCAGGAGAAGAUCGACCGCCUAAAGGACGGAGAUCCCGCGGCUAUCGAUGAUGUUGCAAAGGAGUGGCAUGCAAUGCUGGAAGAAAAGGAAAGCACCCAACAAGGUCUCGAUAUGUGUGCUCAGUUGUCUGCGCAGAUCACGCGAUUUGAAUCGGCAUCAACGGAGCGUGUUCACUUUUCGGGGCGUCCAUCGGCACACAAACACAUCAAAACUGGCCUAAGCGAAGCUGGACGAUCAAUACAGUCUCUCGUAGCUCGUCUACAGACUCAUGAAGCUCUUAUCGACAGUCAACUGGAGGCGAUGUCUCUGAAAGAAGCGCUGUCUGAACCUGUCGCCGCACAACUGGCACGACUCCAGCAGACAAAGGAGAGCGUUAGCCAAUGCAUACGAAUCGUGUCCGACGCUGGUGAACUGGCCAAAGAGCGGAGCAACGUCUUCGAAGACCUCACACUGGCAGAUAACAGUUACGCAUUUUCAGUCUCAACAGUCAAUGACCUAGUGACGGCCAGGCGGCUCAAUCUCAGUGGACGCUCACGGCACGUUGGCGGGCAAGUAACAAAUGAGACCGUGCAGAAGAGUAUGGAGGCUCUCACACAACUGGAUGCAGAGUAUAUCAGGUCUUUGAAAGAAACGCAGCCUCGGCGCCAGGCCUCACCAAUUUCAACUUCGACCUCCCCAAAAGAACCAAAUAAUACCAAGCAAUUCCAUGACCGUUUUGGUCCUGGGGUUACGCUCAAUCACGGCUAA